ACGCUGGCGGAGCCCCUGCGCCGGCUGCAGCGCCAGGUGGAGAGCGCGGCGCGCCAGGCGGCGGCCGGCGCGGGCCCGGCGCUCGCCACCCUCGAGGAGCCCGUGCGCGAACUGCAGCAGCGCAUCGCCGCCGUGCAGCACCGGGCUGUGCUGGAGUCGGGCGUGGUGACGGACGCGGCGGCGCCGUCCGUCCUACAGGAAACGUCUCGCCUUCCCCAGUCGGAGGUUGAAAGCCUGUCAGCCUUGGAGAAGAUCGUGGCUCCGCUCCAGCAGCUGGAGGCGGGCCUCGCCCAGCUCCAGCGGCAGCAGGCGAAGAUGGGCGGCGAGCGCGCGCGCAGCCCCGAAGUGCGGCGCGCGCUCCUCGCGUCGCUGGAGCAGCUGUCGCAGCCGGUCCAGGAGCUGCGCCGGGAGAUGAGCGCGCUGAACGCGCGCGCGGGCCGCGAGGCCGAGGUCGCCUAUGGCAAGGCCAACGUGACGGCCCUGCACCUCCUGCAGGCGCCUCUGCAAGCGUUCGCGCACGGCCUGGAGGAUCUGGAGCGAGUGAAGAGCGGCGUCGUGCGCGAGGAGGAGACGGCCCAGCGGCUGGGCACGCUGCACAAGGUUAAGGAGAGCGUGCGCACCCUGCACGUCAAAGUGGCGGCGAUAGAGCAGUGCACGAAGACCGAAGCGGCGAAGGAGAAGGCUGGAGUUGAGGUCUUAGGAGGCCUUAGAUCGCCUUUGGCGGAACUCACGCACGGGCUCAAGUUUGUGGAGGAUCAGAUCGUCACCACUGCCCUAGAGGAAGCUCUUCCAGAUAUUUCCACAAUUGCCGCGAUCGGAGGACUAGCGAAUCCCAUCGAGAGCUUGAAAUCGGGCUUGGAAGCCGUCGAAACGCUUACAUUGGAACAGCUGGACGAACCAAAAGCUAAAAAGGCUCGAGCUGCCGCUGGUAAAGUGAUCACCCAGGCCGUUCAAGAACUGAAGAAAGAAAUCGCUGUCGUGCAACAGCAAGCUGUACUAGAAUCGGGUGCACUAUCCAUAUCGGAGGCACCGUCAGUUCUAGAAGUGCUAUUUAAGCCGCUACAGAAACUUCAACGCUGUCUCGUAACCGUCGAGGAGAGCAAAUUGACUGCACUUCAGAGAGCAAAGACAAUCGAGGUUGGUGCUGUUCUAGCCUUAGAAGAUGUCGCGCAGGCAGCACAGGACCUCACCACUAACAUUGACGAGUCUCUGCAAAAGAUGGAAGCGACCGCAACCGGGGCGGCCGAGCUGAACGUGGCGCAGAGCGGGUCGGCCGGCGCCGCCGUGGCGACGCUGGCCGCCGUGCACGAGCUGGCGCGGCCGCUCCGGGCCCUGGCCACGUCGAGGAGCAAAGCACGCAAGCCCAAGGCGACGGCGCCGGUGCAGGUGCAGGUGGCGCUGGAGGCGCCGCCGCUGUCGCAGGCGCAGUGCGCGUCGCUGCUGGAGGCGCUGGCGGCCCCGGUGCAGCAGCUGCAGCGCGGCCUGGCCGUGGCCACGGAGCAGCUGGUGCUGGAGGCCGUGUCCGAGACGCAGGCCGCCGCCUGCCAGGUGGUGCGCGCCCUCCAGGCGCAGGCGGAGCAGCUGCAGCGCGGGGUGGCGCAGGUGCAGCAGCAGGCCGCCCAGGACGCCGUGGAGGCGUUCGCAGCGCCCACGCAUGAGCUGCACAAGGCGCUGGCGCAGGUGCAGCACGUGGUGGCCUUGACCGCGAGCGCUGAGUCUCUCACGGAGAAGACGGCCCUCUCGGCCCUGCAGACGCUCGCCUCACCCGUCCAAGAGCUCCGCCUCUACGUCGCGCAGGUUGAAUCUCAAGUAGCCUUUGAAGGUGGUGACCGUUCUUUGGCAGAAGGUUCCCAACUUUCGUUAUCUGCGCUUCAGACUCUGGCGCAGCCACUUCGAGCACUUGAUCAUGGUGUGGCCAUGGUGCAGGAGGUUGCUCUCAUGGAGCCUGCUACUGGGUCUCUCUCCGAGCAAGCGCAAUUGUCGGCUCUACAAACUUUGGCUGAACCGCUGCAGGCAGUGCGCAGUAGCGUUCAGCACUUGGAGCAGAUGGUGCUGGAACCACGACCAGAUUCACUGACUGAGCACAUUGAUCCCCAGCAAUUGCUCGCUCUUGCGCAACCUCUGGAAGAAGUCCAGCGAGGUCUCGCGCAGGCGCAGCAAGCGGCGGUGCUGGAGGCCGGCGGCACGCUGUCCCCGGAGGCGUCGGCGUCGGCUCUGGCGACGCUGGCGCGGCCGCUGCUGGAGCUGCAGCGCGGGCUGGCGCAGCUGGAGGCGCAGGUGGCGCUGGAGGGCGAGGCGUCGCAGAUGUCGGAGCGCACCACGGCGUCGGGGCUGGCGACGCUGGCCGAGUCGGCGCGGGAGCCCGCGCGGGCGGUGGCCGCGGCGCUGCAGCACCAACUGGUCGAGGCCCCCGACGCGUCGCUGGCCGACGCGCCCUCCCUCGCCGCGCUGCACACGCUGGCCCAGCCGCUGCGCGAGCUGCAGCAGCACUUGGUCCAGGCCCAGCAGCAGAUGAUGGAGGCGAGAGCAGAAGACAUGUCAGAAUGCACUGCAAUGACUCAGCUGCAUACUUUAGCAGCUCCUGUACACGAACUUCAGUUAGCUCUUGCCCAAGUUCACCAACAAGUUCUUGAAGCUGGAUUGGAGCCUAUGUCAGAACGUACAGAUGUGGAACUCCUCAAAACCAUUGCGGCUCCUGUCCGCCAAAUACAUAUGUUUAUCGCUCAGGUUCAACAAGCAGCGGCACACACAGAAAGUGUCAAGUUACUGCCGGACACACAGAUGCAGUCUAUUCUCGAAGCACUGGCGGCACCCGUUCACCAAUUGCACACCACAAUAGCUGCAAUUCAGCAACCUACUCUAUUAGAAGCAGCGGAUAUAUUUAUGGCCGUGGCGGCGCUGGAGGCGGUGGCCGCCGCUCCGCUGGAGUCCCUCGGGGCCGCACAGGUGUCCGCAGGCGACGCGGUGUCGCAGCUGCAGACGUUGGCUCAGCCCCUUUUGGACGUACAGGCCGGCAUCCAGCAGCUGGCGCAGGUGGCGCUGGAGGCGCCAGCGCAGGAGAUGGCGACGCUGCGCUCGCAGCUGCAGCCGUCGCAGCUGCAGGCGCUGGCGCACGCCAUCCAGGAGGCGCAGCGCGGCCUGGUGCAGCUGCAGGUGGUGGCGCUGGAGGGCGAGGCGGCGCCGCUGCCGCCACUGGCGCCGGAGGCCGCGAAGCGCUGUAUUCAAAACGUUUAUUUUUCCAUUGCCUUCGUCAAUACACAUUUUGACCUCCUCAAAGCUAGAUUAUUGUUUUUAAAGCAAUACAAAUAUUCUUUAGUAGAGUUUAUUACUGAAAAAUUUAUUAUUUCUUCGUUAAUGAAUAAUGUUUUAUUUGUAAUGAAUAUUCCAUUCACAAUUCAAAGUAGUGCAUUACAUAUACUCAAUGAUAUCAUUUUUGAAAAAGGAAGAAGGUCGGGAAGGGACGGGGUAAGACACGUUUCGGCAGACCUGCAGUGCUACAAACCAGUUGACGCAAUCCAAGUUGAAGGCGGCGACCCGCUCGCGUUGCAGGCGCUGGAGUGGGGCGAGGCGGCGGAGGACACGCUGCUGGACGACCUGCCGACGCUGGCCAGCUCGGUGUCCGCGUCCGCGUCGGCGCGCGCGGCGCUGCGCGUGGCCCAGCCGCUGGCGCUGGAGGCGCUGGAGGGCGACGCGCACACGCUCUCCGACGAGUCGGAGGGUCGCUUCGGCGACUUCGCCUCCGCCGCGCAGCAGCUCACCGAGCCCAGCGCCGGCGGAGGCGGCGGCGGCCACCCACUCGCGCUGCACGUGCGGCCGCCGCCGACGCUCGCUCGGCUGGCGGAG